AUGCCUGUACGAGAAAUUGCCAACGAUAGUCUCAAUGGUGAAUUAACAUCAGCGGGUGAUAAACUUGUUAUGGUGGAUUUCUUCGCCACAUGGUGUGGACCAUGUAAAAAUAUCGCUCCACAUAUCGAACAUUUAAGUAGUCAAUAUCCAAAUGCUGUCUUUCUCAAAGCUGAUGUAGAGAAAUGCACUAGUGAAGCAGCAAAAUAUGCCAUUAAAGCUAUGCCGACGUUUGUGUUUUUUCAACAUGGAAAGGAAGUGGCUCGGUUACAAGGCGCAAGUAAAGAUCCGAUUGAGCAAACGAUUAAGAAAUUCUAUAAAGAUACACCAACAAAAGAUGCUGGAUACACUGAUCUGAAACCGUUUGUUGAAGAAAAGAGCUGUACGGCUUUGAAUGAAAUCGAUAAAUGGCAAAAUGCUGUACUUGGAAAUCAACCGGGCAUGUUUAGAUCAGAUGAAGAUGAUCCAGAAUUAAUUCUUCAUGUUGCAUUCAAUCAAGUUGUAAAAAUUCAUUCAAUCGCAAUUGAAGCACCCGAAGAAAAUGGCCCUAAGACAGUGAAAUUAUUUGUAAAUCGACAGGCGAUUGAUUUCAAUGAUGCAAAAAGUAACGAAGCUGUACAAACACUUGAAUUCGAGAAAAAACAUCUUGUCGAUGGUUCGCCAGUUGAAUUACGAUUCGUUAAAUUCCAGAAUGUUCAAUCACUCUCACUCUUCUUCGCAAAUAAUCAAUCAGGCUCUGAUCAAACAAUAAUGAAAUCGAUUACUUUCUAUGGAACACCAAUUGCAACAACAAAUAUGAAAGAUUUUAAAAAAGCUGAGGGAAUGCCAGUUGCUAAUGCAUGA